AUGGAGACCAUGUGUAGGUUAUUACUGCGGCAAUUGACCGGAACUGCACCGGCACCAGCACCGGCGGAGGCGGCUCCGGAAGAGGCUAUAAAUAGAGAACUUGAGUUGCAGAGAAUUGAACUGGAAAAACGUGAGGCACAUAAUGAAAGUGAAAGAAAAAAGUUAGAAGAGAUGAAGAAGAGUACGAUGAAAAAUAGCUCUCUAGAAAUGGCUGUACUGGAGCGACAGAAAGCUGAUGAAAAUGUUUUGAAUGUGGCUGCAGUUCAAAAGGGCAUUAAAGAGAUAUCUAGUCGUGCCAAUAUUGGUGUGAAGAGAAUGGGGGAACUUGAUACUAGACCAAUCCUUCAAGCUAUGAAGAAAAAAUAUAAUGAGGAGGAGGCAGAAGAUAGAGUUUCGGAGUUGUGUUCAUUGUGGGAAGGGUAUCUCAAGGACCCAGACUGGCAUCCAUUUAAAAUUAUUGUAAUUGAAGGAAAACAUCAGCAUAUUAAUAUAAAAGUAGGCUAUAGUAAAAUGAAAUUGAUCAUCGAGUCAUUUUUGUUUGACAAGAGAUCGAGUUGUAUGAAAAUGAUAAAUAUAUUGUUCUUUGUCUUGUGUUUGGUUAGUGGCAGUAGCAGCCAUAUAGUUGAUGGUAUGCAAAGUGCACUGAAAGAAGAUUUGGAGUUGGAGCAAAAGCUAAAGCAUAUCAACAAGAUUCCCGUCAAGAGUAUUCAUACAAAGUUUGGGUACAUUGUUGAUUGCAUUGACAUUAACAAGCAACCAGCUUUUGACCAUCCUUUACUAAAGAAUCACAAGUUGCAGAGAAAACCUAGCUUUCAAAAAACAAUCGGAAAAACAAAUUCGAAUAGUUCACCAGCUAAAGCUAAACGCAUAUUUCGGCUUGAGAAGGAUCAGUGUCCAACAGGAACAGUUCCUGUUAGGAGGACAACAAAAGAUGAUCUCAUUCGAGCUAAAUCAUUAUUAAAUAAUCACAUCCUGACUCAACACAGCCCUGGUACUCAUGUUGCAAAAGUAUCUCUUAAAACAAUUCCUGGUAUGCCUUACUAUGGAGUUAGUGGAAAUAAUAGCAUUUACAAUCCGAGAGUUAAGAAACAUCAAUCAAGCGCUUCUCAUAUAUGGGUUCAAAAUGGACGGCCAGGUGCUACUGAUAAAAUCAUUACAAGAUGGCAUGUGUCUCCACAAUUAUAUGGUGAUGAUGGAACUUAUCUAUACUCAUUCUGGAGGUCAGAUUCGAAGAAGACAGGAUGCUACAAUGUACAGUGCCGUGGUUUUGUUCAGACUAACCCUCAAAUCUACCUCGGUUCACGUGUGACGGAUUCAUCAAUCUAUAAUGGGCUAAUGAUUGAGACUGCAUUUUCUCUUCAACAGGAUGCACGUACCAAAAAUUGGUGGUUAAUUAUGGAAAAUGCGAAUGUUGGAUAUUUUCCAGCAGAUUUAUUCUUCAACUUGACCACAGCAGAUCAAGUUGGGUGGGGUGGGAGAACAACAACAGCUGCGGGUACACCUAGUCCUCCAAUGGGAUCUGGAUACUUUCCUGAUGAGAACUACAUACAUGCAUGCUAUUUUAUUGGUGUUAAAUAUCAGAAUGCAUCCAGACAAGAUUAUGAACCUGAAAAUUAUUUGACAGAAACAUUCACUGACAAACCAGAUUGCUUUGGUGUUGAAUACUAUGGAUAUGAGGAUACAGAGCUUGGAUAUGCUCUCCAAUUUGGAGGACCUGGAGGUGCCUGUUUUAAUUAA